AUGGAAAGUACGUCACAGCAAACACAUCAACAACAACAGCACCCGGAAAUGGAGCAACAGCUCGAGCCGGUAAACAGUGCGAUGGAAAACCUCGCCCUAAUGGCGCAGUCAGCCAGCGCCUUGGGCUUGGGAAAGAAGCGUGCUGGGCGUGGUGCCGUCGCGAGCGGACUCACCCACGAGUGUGGUGUGUUCGGUGCGAUUGCGACGGGCGAAUGGCCGACCCAGAUCGAUGUGGCGCAGGUCAUCUGUCUCGGGCUGGUGGCGCUGCAGCAUCGAGGCCAAGAGUCGGCCGGUAUCGUGACGAGUGAGGGCCACUGUGCGAAAAACUUCAACGUGCACAAGGGCAUGGGCAUGAUCAACAACAUCUUCACUGACGACUCGAUGAAGAAGCUGAAGGGCAACCUCGGCAUCGGACAUACGCGCUACUCGACGUCGGCCGCGUCGGAGGAGGUCAACUGCCAGCCGUUUGUGGUACACACGGCGCACGGUGCGCUAGCGGUCGCACACAACGGCGAGCUGGUGAACUGUGAGAGCCUGCGGAAGGAUGUGCUGUCGCGUGGCGUUGGACUGUCGACGCACAGUGACUCGGAGCUGAUCACGCAAGCCCUCUGCCUGAACCCACCGGAAGGUGAGGUGGAUGGGCCGGACUGGCCGGCACGCAUCAAGCAUCUGAUGCAGCUGGCACCACUCUCCUACUCGCUCGUGAUCAUGCUCAAGGACAAAAUCUACGGUGUACGCGAUCCGUACGGCAAUCGACCGCUGUGCAUUGGGAAGAUUGUUCCCCUCACUAUUGGCGCGUACCGUCACGAAAAGGUCGACAAACUGCCGGCUGAAGGUUGGGUCAUAUCGAGCGAGAGCUGCGGCUUCCUGUCGAUCGGUGCACGGUACGUGCGGGAGGUACAGCCGGGCGAAAUUGUGGAGCUGACGCGCGACGGCAUUAAGACGAUCGACAUCAUUGACUGUCCGGAGAAUCGGCGUCACGCGUUCUGCAUCUUUGAGUACGUGUACUUUGCCCGGUCGGACUCGAUCUUCGAGGGCCAGAUGGUGUACUCGGUGCGGUUACAGUGUGGCCGCCAGCUGGCACGGGAAGCCGGUGUCGAUGCGGACAUUGUCAGUUCCGUGCCCGAGUCGGGUACGGCUGCAGCGCAUGGUUUUGCACGUGAGGCUAACCUCAACUUUGCGGAGGUAUUGUGCAAAAACCGGUACGUUGGUCGCACCUUCAUUCAACCCUCGACCCGACUCCGGCAACUCGGUGUGGCGAAGAAGUUUGGUGCACUGUCGGAGAACGUCGCUGGCAAGCGGCUGGUCCUAAUUGACGAUUCCAUCGUGCGCGGCAACACGAUCGGUCCGAUCAUUAAGCUGUUGCGUGAUGCAGGUGCCCUGGAGGUACACAUCCGGAUAGCCAGCCCACCGCUGCUCUAUCCUUGCUACAUGGGCAUCAACAUACCGACGCGCGAGGAGCUGAUCGCGAACAAGCUGAACGCGGAGGAGCUGGCGAAGUAUGUCGGCGCGGACAGUCUGGCGUAUCUGAGUGUGGAGGGCUUAAAGAAGGCGGUGCAGCUGAACAUGAGCGUGAAGAAACCGGAACAGGUUGGCCACUGUACCGCCUGUCUGACUGGCGACUAUCCCGGCGGGCUACCGGAUGAGCUGGAGUGGUAGUGGAGAGCACAGGCUAUUUGUGUUGUGUGUGUGGGGGGUUUUUUUGCACUUACAAUGUAAGUAACAUAGUUACGUAAUGUAAUCGUACGAUCGGAGCUGAAAAUCAAGAAUAAAAUGAGACUUUAUUGUAA